UCAACAUAUGCUCUUUCUCUUCAACGAGGUGGCCGAGCGGCAGAUGCUAACAUGCAGAUCUUUGUGAAGACCCUGACGGGCAAGACCAUCACUCUUGAGGUCGAGCCCAGUCACACCAUCGAGAAUGUCAAGGCCAAGAUCCAAGAUAAGGAAGGCAUUCCACCUGACCAACAGAGACUGAUAUUUGCCGGCAAGCAGCUGGAGGAUGGCCCCACCCUGUCAGACUACAACAUCCAGAAAGAGUCCACCUUGCACCUGGUGCUUCACCUUCGUGGUGGCAUCAUCGAGCCAUCCUUUCGUCAGCUUGCCCAGAAGUACAACUGUGACAAGAUGAUCUGCCUCAAGUGCUACACUCGCCUGCACCCCCGUGCGGUCAACUGUCACAAGAAGUGUGGCCACACCAACAACCUGCGCCCCAAGAAGAAGGUAAAAUAAAGCUUUGGCCAUACC